AUGCGUGAUUUUGUGGAAAACCAUCCCGUGUUGGCAACAUCACCAAUGAAUCCUCGUGACGGUUUUUAUGGAGGACGAACCGGAAACACUGUUACAUACUACAAAUGUAACAAGGGUGAGCGCAUCAAAUAUAUCGAUGAAUGCUCGUUGUACCCUUUCGUGUUUAAGUACGGCCGAUUUCCUCUAGGACACCCCACAAUUCAUGUAGGAUCUGCAGCCCAGGACACUGAUUUAUCCACCGUAGAUGGCAUGGUGAAAUGUAAAAUUUUACCACCCACGCAAUUGUACCACCCCGUUCUCCCUGUCAGGAUGAAGGGAAAGUUAAUGUUCGCCCUUUGCAACAGCUGUGGUGAAAGUUCACAACAACGUGAGUGUUGCCAUACGGAGGAAGAACGGUCGUUCACCGGGACAUGGGUAAUUGCAGAAGUACUUAAAGCAUUGGAAGAAGGCAACAGGAUUGGGGAAGUGUUUGAAUUGUGGACAUACGAAACGCGUCAGUACAACCAUGCGGCGGGUCAGCCGGGUUUAUUCACAGAAAUGAUGAAUAAAUUCAUCAAAAUUAAACAGGAAGCCUCCGGCUGGCCCACGGAUUGCGUAAACGAUGUGGUUAAACAGCAACAAUACCCUGAUUUUGAAGAAGAUGAAAAAGUGAAACUAACACCGAAACGCAUCGAAAAUAACCCUUAUCUUCGAUCCCUCGCCAAACUAAUGCCGAAUUCGUUCUGGGGAAAGUGUGGACAACGUGAAAACCAACCCCAAACAACCAUCAUCAACGAUCCUCAGGAAUGCUUUGAUUUCCUUGCGCAUCCGUCGAAGAAUGUCAACAGUAUAACUCCUGUUAAUGAACAAACUGUUGUAAUCAACUGGGAGUACGCCGACGAGGCUGUGGAAUCUCUCCCCACUGUGAAUGUGGUAAUUGCAGCUUUUGUUACAGCACAGGCCCGUUUGAAGUUGUACGAAUAUCUAGAGAUGUUGGAUACACGUGUUUUAUACUACGAUACCGAUUCCGUUAUCUAUGUGUCAAACAACCUUUUUCCAGAUCCCCUGACUGGAAAAUUCAUUGGAGAUAUGACCGAUGAGCUGGAGGUAUACGGUAUCGUUUCUACAUCACGGAAUUUGUUUCGGGCGAACCGAAAAAUUACGCAUACUCUGUGUGGUCAACGACAAAGCAAUGUAUCGAACAUGUUUGUAAGGUGA